AUGAUCAAUGCUAUUUUUAUUUUUAAUAAUCACGGGAAGCCAAGAUUGGUAAAAUUUUAUUCACAAAUAGAUAUUUCUCGGCAGAAAACUAUUGUUGAUGAUAUUUAUAAACUUAUAUUUUCUCGGCCCUCUACUGCAUGUAAUUUUCUUGAAGGAAGUUGUAUUAUUGAUGACAAAGAUCUUAAAAUAGUAUAUAGAAGCUAUGCAACACUUUAUUUUGUUUUUAUUAUUGAUCAAGCAGAAAAUGAAUUAAUGAUAUUGGAUCUUAUUCAGAUAUUUGUCGAAGUAUUAGACAGAUGUUAUGAGAACGUGUGUGAACUUGAUCUGAUUUUUAAUUUUGAAAAUAUUCAUGCAAUUUUAUCUGAAAUAGUAUCUGGAGGAAUGGUCUUAGAGACUAAUGUUCAAAAUAUACUUUCGUCUAUAAAUCAUUUCGACAAAAAUAAGUAA